AUGAGGAGCCUCCGCAAAUUCCUUUUCCACGAAAGAUACAGUUUUCCGUCCCAAGCCAGCCGCGAACCAACUAUAGGUUUUUGACAAGAAAAUACUAUUUUGAGAUGUUCUUAUAGUUGACACAAGAAAGGGUCCUGACAUGAAAAAAAAAUGGAGAGUGCCUGGUCGAUGGAGAGCGCAGCCAAUGUUGCCAAUAUGUACUUGGAGUUGAACGAAAGUUGUAGUUUUUAAAAAUUGUUAUUCUCAACUUUUAGUUUAUCAAAUCAAGUUGAAUUUCUAUUAUAAUAAAACCGUUUUUCUGAAUUUUUAUUUUUUCAAAUCUGGGUGUCAGCUUCUCAAAAAAAUUUCAAAUUAUAAAAUGCAAUCUUUGAAGUUUCAGCGUGGAUAUUCUUCCGUAUCGAACCAAUUGUGUUCCUUCUCAUCGUUUUGGCCUGGCCACAUGAGACUUCCGCCGCAGGUAUGUAUAGGAAAAAGCCAUGAUGAAUAUAUAGGAACGAGUCUUGUCAAAAAAAUUUUCUCUUUUUCCAUAGAGAUGAUAGUUUUUUUGGUUGUGAUAUUGUUUUUUUAUUGUUCCAACUACUAGAUUUUUUUCAAAAGAUCUUUGAAAACUGGCUUCGAAAUUUGUCCUAUUAUGAAGAAAUACGUACUUUUUUUAAAUAAUAAUAUUAUUAUUGACAGAUAAGCGUGACCCCUAACGAGUUCACUUGAAUCUUGAAAUUGAGAUAAUACAUUGUACAAUUAUACAUCCUUUGAGUUUUAGCGGGAAAACUUUGAACCCCUUAUAAAGCCCUCCUAAAAUUUCAAAAAAUGAAAAAAGGCAUCAUCAAAAGCAGCCGAACUGACCUACCGUCCCAGCAUGCGAUUUUUUUCAAGACGAUAUUUCUUUGCAGAUGUAUGUUGCAAGAGAGCCAUCUCGAGUUACUCCACCUGCGAUUCGGUGCCUCCGGAAUGCGCGAAGUUGACUUGCACGGAGGCGCCAAUAGUUAUCCAAGAAACUGAUUUGAAAGCAAAUGAUGUUUCGUAUUUCGUCAAUUUGGUUGAAAGGAUCAGCACACUCAGCGUCAUCAAAAACAAAAACAAAAGGAUGACGCUCUCUCAAGUGACCGCAUUAACUCACAAAGGACCUGGUUCGUUUCUCUGCUUUUUCUCUUUCUGUUUUUGAGUUUAUUGUCAUUUUUUUCAAAUUCUUUCAUUAUAGGCCCGGCAAUCUUUUUGGACGAUGCGAAACUCGAAGACUCCUCUUUCCAGAACUUGAAAGUGAUCACAGUCGACGACAUCAAACCUUAUUGCGAUGGCGAAAAGCUGAUAGACAUUCGAGGAAGUCUUGAUGGCACUGUCAAACAACAACUGGACAAGGACUUGAACGCAGUAAGUCAUCUUGAAAGUUCGGAAAGUUUGAGCUAAUGACCCCUUGAACGAUAGUUGGAACUCGCCUAAAACGGUUAGAAAGUAGCAAGGGAAGAUCCUAGAAGUUUUCCAGAACAAGCCUCAAAGCGAAUAAAUGCUUCAAAAAAUUAUUAUACCUGGUCAUUCAAAAGUUCUCAAGAAAUCACCAAUGUCAAUUUUUGAAAUAAAUUAGUGAGAAAAUUGUUCUUACAGACCCUGGCCCCUUGCGGCAGCCUGAAAACCCCGGCUUCUGGAGGUCCUGCCCGCUCUCCGGGCUCUGCGCUCCCUGCAGGCUCUGGGCGCCGAGCCAGUAAUUCGACGACUUGUCCACCCUGCGCUGAUAGUGCGAAGCUUGCCGAAGCCGAAAGCGAGGAAUCGGAAUCUUCAAGUAAGCUUUUUUGAUAGCCAGAGGGAGUAUUUUUAGACGUAGAUCUGGUAGAAAAUUAUUUUUGUGAUGGUAAUUUCAGAUUGUAUAGCUUCUCCAAGUCUGUAACGAACUACACAAUUCUGGGUUUUUUUUUCUGAAUUUAGACUAAUUUGAUCAAGGAUGGAUUCUUCAGGACCCUCAGGUUCUGAAAAUAAUAUAAAAAGUUUGAGAAGAUCUACAAGUUCAAUUUUAUUGAGAGGCUAAAGAGUCCUUUGCAGACAUGAUGAUCAUAAUCCCUUCCGUUGUUCUCAACGUUGUGCUGUUCUUGACUCUCGCGAUCGUAUCCUUCAUCGCUUUCUGCGUGAGGGUGAAGCCGAGCUCGAAGGACAAGAAAGCCCCGGCCGCCAACCGUCCGGAUCCGAGCACCAGCUCUGGAACAUCUGGCGAAAAGCUCAAUCCGGCUAUACUUGUAUCGGCAAAAAAUCCGAAUGUGCGAAUAAUCGAUAGAGAUGAAGCUGGGAGGGAUUUGGCCGUUGACCCUGUUGAUGAGAAGUUGAAGAAGGAACGAAAGAAGGACCGCAUCAUGUGGGGAAAGCCCAAAAUGACCGACGGCAAGAAGAAGGACAAGAAGAUGAAGUCGACCAACGAGCACGGCGAGUUAUUUUCCGACUUGAAGCUUGAAUUUAUAAAAAAUAAAUUUCAGCAUUCCCUGCCGAGAUGGCCAAAGAUGCUGAGCACAAGGAGAUGUUCAACGCUUAA